CAGGGUAAAUUUAUGUGAUUCAUUAACAAAUGAUGAAUUUUAUAUAAUAUGGAUAAAUUAUUUUCUGCAAUAAAUCAGAAGAAACAAAGCUUACGAGACCUGAAAGGAGACCACAAAAGAUGGAUACACCGAGCUGAAGAAGUUGAAAAACAAAAACUAGAUGCUAAAAGGGAUAUUGAACAGCGGAAUGAAGCAAAGAGAAAGUGUUUAGACGAGCGAUUGCAGAAACUAGAGACUUUUUACAAUGUUUCAACACAAAAUAAAAGUGAUUCUGAUGAAUCAUUAAAGAAACCAAGCGAUAUAUCUACUUAUGAACUUAUUCGCCGUCUAAGAAAGUUAAGACAACCAGCAAUCAUUUUUGGUGAAACAUAUGAAGAAAGAUGUGAGAGAUUCUACCAAAAUGAAAUCGAGGUGGAAAAAGUAGAAUCUAGCCAAAAUAUAUAUGUGGAUACUAUGAUGGGAAGGCACAAUGAUAUAACAUCCAAAUAUAUAAGUAAAAAAGGAAGCAAAAUUUAUGAUUUCUUCGAGGAUUAUAAAGAUCUGCCUAAAGAUUCUAAACAUUACAGAAUAUUUAACUGGGUAGUAGAAAUGCUAAAGAUGUGGGAAGAUGAACUAACAAACACGAGAGACAAGCUUAUUGAAAAAGGUGAUACACUUGGAGCAAAGAGAAAAGAAGCCAUGUUGGUUCAAACAAAGAAAGAUAUCAAACCACUACUCAAAUUACUAAAAUCGCAAAAACUAGAAAUUGACACACUAGACAAACUUUUCAGAAUCGUAGAAUGCUGUGAAAUGGGAGAAUAUAAAGAUGCCCAUGAUGCUUAUAUGCUACUUGCCAUUGGCAAUGCCGCCUGGCCAAUGGGUGUUACUAUGGUUGGUAUCCACGAACGUGCUGGAAGAUCCAAAAUUUUCACAUCUGAAGUCGCACAUAUAUUGAAUGACGAAACUACAAGGAAAUAUAUACAAAUGUUCAAAAGAUUGAUCUCAUUUUCACAGAGCAAAUGUGCAACAGACCCCUCCAAGCAGGUUCAAAUUUCCACAAUACACAUAUAAUCUAAACAGUAUA